AUGAUGAGAGGAGCUGAUCAGCUGCACUCUGUACUGGCUGUUACUUUUCUUCUCCUUGCGUCCAUUGCGGCAGCAUUCGAUCCAAGCCCUCUUCAGGACUUCUGUGUCUCCAUUGACGACCCCAAGCUCGGUGUGUUUGUGAAUGGCAAGUUCUGCAAGGACCCAAUGCAAGCCAAUGCCGACGACUUCACAUUUCGUGGCCUCAACUUGCCCGGAAACACAUCCAAUCCGGUUGGCUCAAACGUCACUUUGGUUAAUGUCGACCGAUUGAAAGGGCUCAACACUCUUGGCAUCUCUUUGGCUCGUAUCGACUAUGCCCCUUAUGGUGGUCUGAACCCUCCUCACACCCACCCUCGUGCCACCGAAAUUCUUGUGGUGGUCAAGGGCUCUCUCCAUGUCGGGUUUGUCACCUCCAACCCUCCCAAGCUCUUCACAAAAACCCUACACGUUGGAGAUGUUUUCGUCUUCCCAAUCGGUCUCAUUCACUUCCAAUUAAACGUGGCCAAUACCAACGCUAUUGCUUUUGCCGGAUUGAGCAGCCAGAAUCCAGGCACAAUUACUAUUGCCAAUGCGGUUUUUGGUUCCGAUCCCGCUAUCAAUCCUGAUGUUCUCACCAAGGCAUUCCAAGUGGACAAAAACUUGGUGGAUUACCUCCAAAAGCAGUUCUGGCCUGAAAAUUAA